AUGAAUGGGUGUGAACAGGUGAAUGAGGCAUGUUAUACAACCAUCAAGUACCUGCAGAGGGUCAGGCAAGUCCUGAAGAGUCAGCUGAACGGCAAGUACAAGAUCCAGGCUAUCAACACGUACGCCCUGCCCGUGAUCAGGAUACCUAUCAACUAUAAGAUUCCAUGCACAUAUUUCUGUGUUAUACCUUCGUGCAGCUGUUUCUCAUAUAUACAGUGUCCAUAUCUGUCGUCCAUAGGCAUAGACUGGGCCCCGCAGUCUAAUCGCAUAGUGACAUGUGCCUCCGACCGCAAUGCCUAUGUGUGGACCCUGAAGGAUGGUGUCUGGAAACCUACCUUAGUCUUGGUACGCAUCAACCGUGCAGCCACAUGUGUGAAGUGGUCCCCACUGGAGAACAAGUUUGCCCUGGGCAGUGGAGCCCGUCUUAUCUCUAUCUGCUACUUCGAGCAGGAAAAUGACUGGUGGCUGAGUAAGCACAUCAAGAAGUCAAUUUGCUCUACAGUGCUGAGUCUGGACUGGCAUCCCAACAACAUUCUCCUGGCAGCAGGGUCUGCAGACCUUCACUGCAGGAUUUUCUCAACCUACAUCAAGGACAUUGAGGAAAAGCCCGGGCCCACUGCCUGGGGGGCCAAGAUGCCUUUUGGGGAGAUGAUGCUGGAGCAUAAAGACUGUGGUGGGUGGGUACACAGUGUUUCCUUCUCUCCCAGUGGAGACCAGUUGGCCUGGGUGGCCCACAACAGCAGCAUCAGUGUCGCUGAUGCCACACAGGGGAAGGAGGUAAUCCAGCUGACCAGUGACAGCCUGCCACUGCUGAGCGUCCUCUAUAUCAGCCCUACUGAGAUUGUUGCUGCGGGACAUGACUGUUGCCCCUACCAGUACACGUAUAAGGGCCCACGCUCUCUGGAGUUUGUGAAGAAGCUUGAUAUCCCAAAGCAGACCUCCAAAGGGAAUAUGUCAGCAAUGCAACACUUUCGCAACCUGGACAAAAAGGCCACUGACGAGGAAACCGGUGACCUGGACGCACUUCAUCAAAACAGCAUCACGCAGCUGCGUAUUGUAUCACUGGACAAAGCCAAAGUUGUGCAGUACAGCAGCGUGGGUCUGGAUGGAGCUAUGGUGAUCUGGGAUUUUAAGCCCUGACUCCACAUUUGUCCUUGAGCUGAGUCAGAGAUCAAACACAUCCUUGGUUCAUUCAUUCAUCUGUGUUUUCCAGUAACUGGGAAAUGCUGUUAGCACAUGUGAUUUGUGAUAUUUGACAAAAAACUAAUUGUUUACUAAAAUAAAUGGGUAAUGUAUUG